AUGCCCAACUUUUACAUCUUCCUUUGCCUCCUCUUUCUCCUCCUAAUUCCAAAAUCCACGUGUGAUGUAAAAAUGAUGGAGCUAUUCGGCAGAGUUACCACUGCUGCUUUAUCCAUCCCUACUUCAUAUGGAACUGUCGAAGAUUGCAUUUUAACAUGCUACGCCACUCCUGACUGUCUUUUGGCAUAUUUUAGCCCGAGGUGCUAUCAGUAUAGCUAUUUAACGGUGAACCAGUUAUUGAUCGUGGAAGAAGGUAGCAGCAGCAUUGUGGCUUAUAAAGU